CUGAGAAAAACGUCGGAAAACACGGCAGGUCGUAUUUUAAUACCCAAUCGCAAAUGUGCUUUGUUUAUAAUUAACCUGAAAAUCCCAUUGUUGGUGAAUAAGGUCUAUUUGAAUGCGUUUAAACCCAACAAUUGAAAUCAACAUUGUCGAAUUUCAAAACGCUUAAUUUCGAUUGUUGCUCACUAUACUUAAAUGCCAUUGUUUAAAGAAUUCAUAUCAGAUUCAAGUCAGAGGCCGAAGGAGUAAGAACGUUUCUAGUGAUCGCGAUAAUGUUCUCCUUCGACGCCGAGCGGCAGCGAAAUUUGGAGAGAUUGCAGAGACUGAAAGAGCACAAACGCAAGUACAGUGUCUCCAGCUACAAGAACAACCUGAAGGAAGCGCAGCAGCUGCGAAAAACCACCAAGGACGCUGAAACACCGACGCGGGCGGUCAAGAAGCAGAGCAAUAAGGCCAGGGACGGACCCAAGGUUCAAGGACGAGAUGAAAAGAAGAAGCAGAAGGAGACCACAGAUCAUGAAGUUACAGUUGCCAUUCCAAUCAAGAGGGAUGACGUCUCUGUCGCCUUGGAUCACACUACCUUUGCCUUUACAACACAGGAACUCUUGGAGAUAAUUAAAACCCCGCUGCCCAUGAGAUCCAAGAUGAUUGCCAAAGAGGAGUCGACCAAGAUUGCUGCUGCUAAAGAGGAGACACUGCCAGUAUGUCACUCGGAAAAUAACUUGGAAAAUGCCCUCAAGUUCGUGUCCAACUCAAAGGAACAACCCCCUUCGAAUCCUGUGGCCGCAAAAGUUCCACUGCCCUUGGCCCACGCGAAAGUCACCCAAGAGCCAGAAGAGGAUGAGGUCGCUCCGAAAGUGGAGGCCAGAGCUGAGACGAAAACCAAACUGGACCUGCUGAAGGAGGGCAUCACCCUCGUUGGCUCUGUGAUGAAGAACUGGGCGAUGGCGGCGCUGCUCGUCGGAACCGGCGUCCUCAUUGCUUUUGUUGAUCAGGAGCAUGUGGACAACCUGUUGUACUCCCUGUCCACGAUCGAGAUCGUCGAGCACUUCUGAAUACGCGAGCACAUGAAGUAUUUAAAUUUAAUACUGCCACUUAGCACUUCUCAAAUUUUCCAGGUCGAAUUUUGAUUCUUUUCGCAAAUUCAAAUUUUCCAAAAACAUUUCCUGGCAUAAUGAAAGUUUUCUUAAUAGUUGAAUUAAUAGCUCUGUUUUAGGAGAACAAAAAAAAAAUAAGAAAAUGCCUUAUUAGAAUAUCCGAAUAGCAAUAUUUUGAGAGUCAUAAGUAAAAAAAAAUUUGUAAUCGACCCUUGUGAACACGAUUCUGAGGUCGGUUUUUUUUUUAAAAAAUUUCUUGUCUCCUAGUUUUACUCUAAUUAUUGCUCAAAAUUUGAAAAUUUUUGGAGGGUUAGUUAAGUUGUUACACCAUCUAAAAAUUUAUUUUACCAUACUUGCUAUUUUCUGGAAUAUUUCCCAAUUCCAUAAGGGGUCCGCGUUUUGAUGAUUAUUAGCUAUUCAGAAAUUUGAUAGCAUAUUUUUUAUGGCUGCUUUUACGACUGGAAAGUGAGGUCAAAACAAUUACGUUAAGAGAGUAUUCAACCCGAAACAAAAUUUUGAAAUAAUCCAAAUGCAGCUUGGUUCUUGGACCUCUAAAAUUUCAAAUCUUUUUCGCCGGCUUCCAGCUGUUUUUCGCAAUAGACAAAUUUCCAAACCCCUUUUGUAAAAUUCCAAACUCUUUGGAUAAAGGCAUUUUAUGUAUCAUUCAAUUUGGCACGUCAAGGAGAAGCUAGACUAAAUUUUUAACAAAUCUGAAUCGUUUUUAAAAUUUCCAUAGCUUAAUUUGGAAAUGAAAAUAAUUUACAAUUCGAGAUCUUUCCCUCCAAAAAUUUCAACUUUUUAUCUCCGCCUCUUGAUGUCUUAACGCGAGGCCACAUGAGUCCAAGUGGCCCCAGACUUGACUGA